AAUCUUCUCCGCAAUAUGCUAGAAACCCCUCGCCCCGUUUCGUAGCUACCGAAAACACCCCUCGGUGACCAGCCCCUCCGCAGGAGGCACGCGUCGUGAAUACGGCAAAAGCGCAGGGGUAUUCCAGGACAAGAAGCCUAAUCGCCACGGCCACACUACUCCACCUCCGCGCGGCGAUGCGGAGCAGAAGCAAUGGAGGUGCUCAGCUCCAGCCGCUUCGCUAGGGCACUCCUCCCGAACCUCCUCGACCCGGCCAUCAGGCUCCUCAGCAAGCCCCCUUGCCGCCGCCGCCGUGCCGUUCAGACCCUAGCAUCCAACGCCCACGCCCCCACCGCCGCGCCGUCGCCGUCGCCCUCACUUGCUCUGCUCCUCGCCACCGCGCUGCGGGGCGGCCGCACGGGAGGGGAGCUACCCGACCUCGCGACCGCGGCCACUGGCGGGGCCGGGAUAGGAACGCUGCUGAUGAGCACCACGGCGGCGGCGGUGACCAAGGCACGGGAGAGCCCGUACCUGCUGGCGCUGGCCGCCAACCCGACCUUCGUGUCGGGGCUGGUGGCGUGGGCGGUGGCGCAGGCCGCCAAGGCGCUGCUCACCUCCGUCGUCGAGCGGCGGUGGGACCUGCGGAUGCUCUUCAGCUCCGGCGGGAUGCCGUCCUCGCACACCGCGCUGUGCACCGCGCUCACCGCCUCCGUGGCGCUCUGCCAUGGUGUCAGCGACGCGCUCUUCCCCGUUUGUCUCGGUUUCAGUCUUAUAGUUAUGUACGAUGCCACGGGCGUCAGGCGCCACGCCGGAAUGCAGGCCGAGGUACUCAAUAAGAUCGUUGAGGACCUGUUUGAAGGCCAUCCGAUUAGCGAAAGAAAACUUAAGGAGUUGUUAGGACAUACUCCGUCACAGGUCUUUGCCGGAGCGAUUUUAGGCAUCCUGGUGGCAUGGUAUUGCUGCCAAGGCUGUAUUGUUCCCAUGUGACGUUGUUAUAGUAUGAAUGAUCCAGAAAUGGAACUGUUCCAUCGCGUGGAUUUUGCUGCAUGUAGUGUGACUAGUGUUCUGGAAAGUAUUUGGUCUUGACUAGUUUGAUCAUUGGUAAGAUGGCAACUAUUGCCCCUUCUUGUCUGGGAUUUUUCCUGUAUAUAUGUAACCUGAUAGUAUGAAACAAUCAAGAUAUCCAUCCUUUAAACUUUAAAGUCUCAAUGCCAAGUUGAGACUCAAUUUAUUCGUGAUUCAAUUGUCUCUGUCUAAGUGUGUAUCCUAUUAUGAUACAUUGGGCUGUAUGAUAUGAGCUAUUCUGUUA